AUAUUGAAGCCAGAAACAGGGGCCUGAGCAGCAAGACCCUGUGCAUGGAGAGUGAGCAGAUCCUUCCAGAUGGCUCCCGGGUGCGGCACUAUGAUGUGCACAGCCUGUAUGGGUGGUCACAGAUCAGACCCACCUACGAAGCUAUGCAGGAGGUGACAGGAGAGAGAGGGAUCGUCAUCUCCCGCUCCACAUUCCCCUCUUCUGGACGCUGGGGAGGACACUGGCUGGGAGACAACACAGCUGCCUGGGACCAGUUGGGAAAAUCCAUCAUUGGCAUGAUGGAGUUCAGCCUCUUUGGCAUAUCCUAU